GUCCGAGUGUCAUUUUUAAUGUAGACAAAAAGUUCUCGAGUUCGACAUGCUACGCUUGCUGAGGCCUUCAGUUAAUGUAUGAAAUGCGCUGCCAACGUCUUUUUGUCGUUAAAGAGGACUAUCAGAGACUAUCGAUCCCUAUAUAGAAUAUAACAACUAUAUUCAAACAAGAAGUAAGUCAUUGUCUGCAUCUUAAUGAAGAAGAAACCAAUAUCUCCUGCUCCUCUCUCAUAGUAAUAUAUUACACACUCAUAUAUAAUACUCUUAUAAUAAUACAAAUAAACAAUAAAGUUAUCUAUAAUAUAACGUAAUGUUUAUUUUCCUUUAUAAAUAUUAAUUGAUUUACAGGAAAAUACUUCAGAUUUUUUCCUGUAAAUCCAAUCGCUACAUAACUUAGAGGCAAUCUGAACGUUUUCAUGCAAGUUCUAAUAUGGGCAUAUUUUAUAUGAUAAUUCUUAUUGAUUUCAUAUUUUGUGUAUAUGCUGUUUCAUCUCAUGAUCGUUUACAUGCAUUGUCUGAUGAAUUCAUCGAUUACAUCAAUUUCAAUCAAAACACGUGGAUAGCCGGCCGCAACUUUCAUAAGAAGACGCCUUUGAAAAAUAUUUAUGUUCUUAUGGGCACUUACAGAGAUUAUCACAACACUCACAGAGAGUACACACCUCGAAGAAACUACACCUCAUUGGGGAAAAGAAGGUAUCCUAAGAAUUUCGACGCUCGCAAUCAUUGGCAACAUUGUCCAAGUCUAAACGAUAUAAGAGAUCAAGGGUCUUGCGGAAGCUGUUGGGCUGUAGCAGCGGCAUCAGCCAUGACUGAUCGAGGCUGCAUUCAUUCUAAUGGAAAAAAGAAUUUCUACUUCUCUUCUCAAGACGUCCUAAGCUGUGUUAUGGCUGUGGCGGUGGAAUAUUAAGAACAGCCUGGAAAUAUUACAAACGUAAUGGUGUUGUAUCGGGAGGCAGUUACAGUUUUACACACACAAGGCUUCAAGCCUUACGAAAUACCUUCGUGUGAAUACGAAAUAGCGGGCUUAAAGAAAAAUUGUAAGGGAACUGCUAGAACACCAAAAUGUUCUCGAAAAUGUAAUAGGAAUUAUAAAAUUAAUUACAAUGACGACUAACAACGAGGUGGUAUCGUUUAUCGUGUGAAUAAACGUUAUAUCAAAAAAGAAAUAUAUCAAUUCGGACCAGUCACCAGUUAUUUUAUCGUCUACGAAGAUUUUCUACAUUACAAAAACGGAAUUUACAAUUACACGAUGGGUAAAUAUAUUGAUCUUCAUUCAGUGAAACUUAUUGGUUGGGGUGAAGAGGUUGGUAUAAAGUUUUGGAUUGCAUCGAAUUCGUGGAACACGAACUGGGGAGACAACGGUUUCUUUAAAAUCACUGCUGAAAACCUCGGAGGAUGUGUGGAGGAUGUAUAAAUGAUAAUGUAGUGAUUGGAUUAUAAAUUAAACUUCUUUUAUAUUUAACAACUACACAAAUAAUCCUCAGUUUGUUACUGUUCAGUUUACACUUGGAUUUGGCUUAAUACCAGUAGAGGAAAGUAACCGAAUUUGCCGAAAUAGUAUCCCUAAUAUACUGAAAUACCUUAUUGAAUAAUUCCAGAUAUGGAAAAAAUGCAAAUUUUCAAUAGGUCCAGCAAAUCUACGAUCAUCUUGUGGAUUCGUUUUGGCUUAUUUCAAAGUUAAUUUCUUUCUUCUGUAAAAACUAAAAUAAUAGAU